GCUAUCGAUAAGUGCGACAGUCAUCAUCAGCUGCAUGCCCCGCCGGAAAAAAAUAUUUUUAUUAAAACGUUUUUUCUGUGAUUUUAUUGCUGUAAUUAGUGCAAAUUGUUAACUAAUUUACUGGCAAAAUGAGGCUGGUGCGCAACACGCUGCUGGGCGCGCUACUGGUGCUCGCCGUCUGCCUGAUCUAUGCAGCCGCACAGGCAAAACCAAAGACGGGUCUCUCUUUAUCGGAAAAAGUACAAAAUCUGGUGGAAAUGAACGCCAAGAAGCCGCUGCUGCGUUUCAAUGGGCCGAAAUUCCGGGAAUAUGUGAAAAAUACACCACGCAACUAUUCAAUGAUUGUGAUGCUCACGGCGCUGGCGCCGUCACGACAAUGCCAGAUAUGUCGUCAUGCCCACGACGAGUUUGCAAUUGUGGCCAACUCGUACAGGUUCUCCUCGGUCUAUUCCAACAAACUGUUCUUUGCCAUGGUCGACUUUGAUGAAGGCUCCGAGGUGUUCCAGCUGCUGCGGCUGAAUACUGCCCCCGUAUUCAUGCAUUUCCCGGCUAAGGGCAAGCCCAAGGGCGCCGACACCAUGGAUAUACAUCGUGUGGGCUUUGCUGCUGAUUCCAUAGCCAAAUUUGUGGCCGAACGUGUGGAUGUUACCAUACGAAUUUUCCGUCCACCCAACUAUUCGGGCACUGUGGCCAUGAUCACACUGGUGGCCCUGGUGGGCAGCUUCUUGUACAUCAGACGCAAUAAUUUGGAGUUUCUGUACAACAAGAAUCUGUGGGGUGCCAUUGCGGUGUUCUUUUGCUUUGCCAUGAUAUCGGGCCAAAUGUGGAAUCACAUUCGUGGCCCUCCAUUGGUGCACAAGUCACAGAAUGGCGGCGUGGCCUACAUACACGGCUCAUCGCAGGGACAACUGGUGGUGGAGACAUAUAUUGUCAUGUUUUUGAAUGCCAUGAUUGUCUUGGGCAUGAUAUUGCUGAUCGAAUCGGGCACAUCAAAGGGCCAUAAUAAGAACAGAAUAAUGGCCAUGGUUGGUUUAGUGCUUGUGACAGUAUUCUUUUCAUUUUUACUGUCUGUGUUCCGCUCCAAGGCGCAGGGUUAUCCCUAUAGUUUCUUGUUCAAAUAGAAUCGACUGCGCAGUGUGCCCCCCCUUACAUCGUUUUGUAGUUAAAAAUCUGAUUAAACGAAGCACCGAUUUUUUGCGUGUGUGUAAAAAAACGACUUUAAUAAAAUUCCACUACUAAAUUA